AUGGAUUUUAAAAACGUUAAAAAACAAAUUUUACAGGCAAGCGAUUUAAGUAAAAAAGGAUCCGUCGAUGAAUCAAUAAAAGAUUUGGUUGAUUUUAUUAACGAACAAGAUGAUUACGUUACGACGAGUUCUUGUUCUGGUAGAGCAAUACUAUUUACAUCGAGUUAUGGAGACGUUACUGGUCAUAAAAAAUCAAAAAAAGAUUGUAAAUGGCUAUACACAAGUCAUGAUUUAAUUGAUCCUGAUACAUUUGUAAAUAGUGUUAAUUUAACCGAAGGAGAUUUGCAAUUUAAAUUCGAGCCAUUUAUUUUACACAUAUUGUGUUCAAAUUUAGAAAAAGCAAGACAUUUGCAUACUUAUGCAAUCGGUGCAGGAUUUAGAGAUUCGGGAUUAACUGUAGGUAAACAUGGGAAAAUAACAUUAGCAAUUAGAAGUAAUUUAAGGUUAGAAGUUCCACUUUCUCAAGGAAAUGUAAUGCUUGUUUCUAAUUUUGUAAUACUUAAAUUUUUUAGCCGAACAAGCUAA